UUGAGCUAAACGACGGUGUUUUGGACAGAGGAGGGUUGGAAGUGGGGGGACGAUAAUUCCAACUUUCCACCCGCGCUGAACAGCUUCCGAACUGUCGAGACCCGAUCUGUAACUACUGUUCUCGACGGAGUAGACAUGGCGCGGCAGCCCCCCGCUUCCGGGGAGAAAUCCAUUCACAGAAGAUCACCGGUCUCCGCUCACAAACUCUUCAAAAACCCAAAACUGGGCUUCGCUUUCGCAUUGCUCUUUAUGGACGCCCUCCUCGUCGCCCUAAUCAUCGCCUAUGUACCCUAUACGAAGAUUGAUUGGGACGCUUAUAUGUCACAGGUUCGUGGGUUUCUUGAAGGGGUUAGGAAUUACAGUAAUUUGGCAGGCGACACUGGCCCUCUGGUGUACCCAGCUGGCUUUCUCUAUAUUUACUCUGCCAUACGGUUUCUUACUGGAGGGCAGGUUUACCCCGCUCAGAUUCUGUUUGCCAUUCUAUACUUGCUAAACCUCGGAAUUGUGCUGUUCAUCUAUGUGAGGACUGAUGUGCUUCCAUGGUGGGCCCUUUCGCUGCUUUGUCUAUCAAAAAGAGUGCAUUCCAUCUUUGUGCUUCGUCUUUUCAAUGAUUGUGUUGCCAUGGCCCUCUUCCAUGCUGCACUGGCCUUACUUCUUUACCAAAAGUGGCAUCUCGGUCUGAUUAUUUUCAGUGGAGCUGUCUCAGUAAAAAUGAAUGUGCUUCUUUAUGCUCCACCCUUGCUCCUACUUAUGUUAAAGGCCAUGGAUAUAACUGGGGUGUUUUCAGCUUUGGCUGGUGCAGCAAUCGUGCAGAUUCUGUUGGGGCUUCCAUUUAUGUUAGCAAAUCCUUCUGCAUACAUAUCAAGAGCCUUCAAUCUUGGACGGGUGUUCAUCCACUUUUGGUCUGUCAACUUCAAAUUUGUUCCUGAACCAGUUUUUGUAUCAAAGGAGUUUGCUAUAUCUCUGCUAAUUACUCACCUGAUACUACUUGCAGUGUUCGCUCACUAUAGAUGGUGCAAGCAUGAAGAUGGGCUUUUGAGCUUCUUACAUUCUAAGUAUGUUGCUAUGAAGCUCAGACUUGCCGUUUUAAGUUCCUUCCCUGUUCAGCAUGUUCAUAAUCAUGCCUCCAACAUGAAGCUUCUAAAUGAAGAGCAUAUUGUUACUACUAUGUUUGUUGGGAACUUCAUUGGAAUUUUAUGUGCCAGAUCACUGCAUUAUCAGUUCUAUUCAUGGUAUUUCUACAGUCUGCCAUACCUACUAUGGAAAACAUCUUUCCCCACCUUACUACGCUUAAUGUUGUUUAUAAUGGUGGAAUGUUGCUGGAACAUCUAUCCCUCGAACACUUAUUCAUCCUUGCUGCUGCUUUUGGUUCACUUAAUUAUACUAUGGGGCCUCUGGUCUGCACCGCCCGAAUAUCCUUGUGUCCGAGGCGAACAACCAGUCGGCACUAAAAGCAAGAGAAGAUGAUGUCUGUCUGUCCAUUCCAUGCUCUCUUCUUGAUUUUCUGUCUGAAAGUUUACUUUAUACGUCAUCUUUUGCUUCAGUUUAGUUUAUUCUUCUCCCCUUUUGGGAUAACAAUUAGGGCCGGCCAAUUUGUUAAGAGGGCUGGCUGUGCUUUGCUGAAAUCUUGUAUUAAAGUGUACUCAUCAUUUCCUUCUA